AAAAGCAGUUCAAAAGUGGAAAUAGGUAAAGCUCUCAUUGAAGGACUAAAGCCUCAAAAUCCCGUAGAAACAAGAAACAAAAGAAAACCAGGCAAGGCAAAACCCUUACUCUCUCUGGUUCCCAUUUCAUCAUAGCCAUGGAUUUUGAAUUCACACUUUCUGAGAUGCUGGAAAUGGAGAAUAUGUUCAAGGAAUUAAGGGAGGAUCCACUAGCUCCGCAGUUUUGUGAGAAGCUUGCAAGCAGCUUUAGUUUAGCGCCAAGUCGUGCUGGAAAGCAAGCCAUUACACCUCCGCAGGUUAAAAGCUGGUUCCAGGAUAGACUAAAGAAGUCACAACCUCGAGUUGCUUCUUCAAAUAUGGCUCUCAAAUUAUUCACUGAUCUCUCUGAUACAAGUGCUUCUUUCGGUGCAACUGAGAGUUCACAAAAGCUCAAAGGCAAUGCCUCUGAUCUUUCAGAGUUGAUUUUUGAAGCUUUGUCCUCAAAAGAUAAUGCUUGGUAUGAUGUUGCUUCUUUCCUCAACUAUAGAGUUGUUUGUUCUGGUGAACUUGAAGUGCGAGUAAGAUUUGCUGGGUUUCGUAAUACAGAUGAUGAGUGGGUGAAUGUGAGAAGGGCAGUUCGGGAACGAUCCAUUCCUUUAGAAUCUUCAGAAUGUCAGAGGGUCAAAGUUGGUGAUCUUGUGCUGUGCUUUCAGGAAAGAGCAGAACGAGCAGUCUACUGUGAUGCCCAUAUUGUAGAGAUCAACAGGAAAUUACAUGAUAUAAACGGUUGUAGAUGCACCUUUGUAGUUCGUUAUGAUCAUGACAACUUCGAGGAAGAAGUUCGGUUGGAUAGGUUAUGUGGCAGACCAACGCCAUAGAUUCUCAGGCAGUGGACAGAGGAUGAGGGUGGAAAUUGCAUUUCUUUGUAAUUUAUCGUUUGCAUCACGUAACAGUAAAUACUGGCCUUCAUAAACUAAUUUCUCCUAACUUGAAAUAAAACCAUAAUUAAACAAGUAGAACUUUUCAUCUUA